GAUACCAAACUCACGAACACGGAGGAGAGAUGGGUGCCGACGUGCGGACCGCCCUGCAGCUGGCCGCGCUUCUGGCGCUGCUGCUCGCGCUGUGGCGUCUCGCGUGGCGGCCGCUCGCCGUCGCGCGGUCGUUCGCAAGGCAGGGGAUCCGAGGGCCGCCCUACAGGUUCCUAGCUGGGUCCUUGCCGGAGGCGAGGCGGCUGCUGAUGGGUGGCCGGAGGGUGGAGCCGCUGGACGCCGCCGACUGCCACGACAUCAUGCCUGUCGUGCUGCCGAUAUUUCACAGAUGGGUCGCUGACUAUGGGAGAACAUUUCUGUUCUGGAUCGGACCAAUCCCUGCAGUCUUCUCUAUUGAUCUACAAUUGAUUAAGCAAGUUCUUACAGACAGGACAGGCCUGUUCGCCAAGGAUUUCAUGAUCCCCGUUCUAAAAGUCCUUUUCGGAAACGGGGCCAUAUUAUUGAAUGGAGACGAUUGGAAACGGCAUCGGAAAGUGGUCCGUCCGAUUUUCAACCCUGAGAAGAUCAAGAUCAUGUCGAAGGUGACGGCAGAGGUUACAGAAGAGAUGAUGGAGCUAUGGCGCAUGCAGAUACAGCAAAGCGGCGACAAGCAAGCAGCUGAAAUAGACAUGACCCACGCCUUCAACGACCUGACCACAAAGAUCAACGGCCGCGUCGCCUUCGGCACGAGCCACAAGGAAGUCAAGGAGAUCAUGGCUUUGAUGCGGGAGAUGCAGAAGCAUGCCGCUACUGCCAUGCUGGACCCUCCGAUACUCUGGUAUCUGCCGACUGGGCGCAACUUGCGCAUGCGACGUCUGAACAAACUAUUGAGGAGCAAGAUCAUGUCGAUCAUGCAAGCACGGCUGGCUGCCAAGCGAGCCAAGUGUGGCGGCGACGGUGGCUACGGGGACGAUUUGCUCGGGCUGUUGCUAGAGGCGUGGACGCCGGAGCGGCGAGGGAGCGGCGAGACGCUGACAACCCAUGAGGUGAUCGACGAGUGCAAGACCUUCUUCAUCGCGGGGCAGGAAACCCUUGCCACCAUCCUCGUCUGGGCCAUGUUCCUGCUCGCCGUGCACCCACAGUGGCAGGAGAAGGUCAGGGAGGAGGUCCUCCGGGAAUUCUUCGGCGGGGACGGCAGCGAGGCCCCCAACGCCGACGUUCUCGCCAAAAUGAAGCUGCUUCACAUGGUUCUGCUCGAGACAUCGCGGCUCUACCCCCCGAUUGUGUACAUACAACGGAGGGCCACCUCAGACGUCGUGCUCGGAGGCAUCAACGUGCCUCAGGGUACGGUGAUAUCGAUCCCCAUUGGCAUGCUACACCGGGACAAGGUGGUCUGGGGCCCCGACGCCGACGAUUUCAAUCCCAUGAGGUUCGAGAAUGGCAUUGCGGGAGCAGCCAGGGAACCGAAGGCGCUGCUGUCUUUCUCUUUGGGUCCGAGAGUCUGCAGUGGCCAGACCUUCGGCAUAAUACAAGCACAGACUGCCAUGGCGAUGAUCCUCAGGAAGUUCUCCUUCUCCCUCUCCUCGAAAUACGUCCAUAAGCCGAAGUAUCUCAUCUCCUUGACUCCCAAGCGUGGGAUGCCUCUCAUCCUUAGGAACUUAGAGAGGUGAGAAAAGAUUGCAAUAGUUCAUGGUGGUGUGUGAAUAAACUGGCAUCGAUCUAGCUAGUAUAUGACUACUAGUAGUUCUUGUUGUCGCAAAUGUAAGAAGUUUGCUAGGUUCCACCUGAAUAAGAGCGAUGAGUUGUUGUGUUAAUCAUGCCCAGUAAAGAGUCGUGUGCGUGUGUGAGGUUGUAAGACUGACGGACUCAGCAGUUCGAUCAGUUAUGCGUGCGUUCAGUUAGCGUUGAGUGGGGUUCAGAGUUUGUUAUGCGUGGCCGACUCCAGCGCGAUCGUGCCCUCAGUGGUCAGGGAGAUGGCGUUAGAAUCGGUCAAGUAGUUGUGAUUGUGUUUAUCAUGUGAGUGCCUAUGAGCCUAAUA